AUGGCCCCAAGGAUCCUCAUAGCAAAGAAGAAGGGCCUGAGUCUUACAGUGAAGAUCCCGCUGUCCGCCGUCCCCAGGACCAUCACGGGGACCAGGAAGCGGGAAGCCACACCGGCUCAGGCCCCAGAAACUGACCGCAAUGAGGAGAGCCUUCGCCUGCGGGCACUUGCCACCAUGCCUGGGUACCAGGACAGGGACAUGGUGGAGGAAAUCGAGCAGGAGAAGGCUCGCCUGGAGGCCAUGGAGGUGGCGGACCAGGAGCAACAGGAGGAGCCACCUCGACCACUCCCGGAAGGCCAAGAGCGGGAGCGCCUUCUUCGCUGGGCCCUCACGUUCCAGGCCCGCAUCCCUGAGUCGGACUGGAGGCGUGAGGAACGCCAGCGAAUGGAGGUGGUCCGCGCCAUCCGGGAGGAAAUGGUAACAGACCAGACGGACGGCAGGACAACUGAGAUUCCGUCCGAACAUGGGACCUUAAAAUCCCAUUGUUCGGACACCUCAAAAGGGUCCCAGUUGUCCCUGGACGGGCAAGCGGAGAAAGAGCUGGAGGACUACCUGGGCGGGGACGCGGAGUCAGUACUGGCUGGAAAGGGGGAGACCAUCAACCCCCAACCAGCUAGAACAUCAACUCCGCCCCCUACACUCCGACGCCCAGAACCACCACCACCACAGCCAACGGACCAUCCACCACCGCAGCCGACCGACCAUCCACCACCGCAGCCGACCGACCAUCCACCUCCAGAAACACCGACCAGCCAUCAACCCCCGCAGCCAACCACCGACAAUUCACCGCGCAACCACCAACAGCCACCGACCGACCAUCCACCAGCACCAGCCACCGACCAUCCACCACCGCCGCCGACAGAUCCACCAGAACCACAGCCGACCGACCAUCGACCUCCACCACCAUCCAGCCGUCGGCCUCAAGGAGUCGAGGCCACCCAGGCUGGUUGCCUGUGA